UCAGUAUAAUGACCACAGAUCUAAGGCUGUAAACUCUGUUCGGUGGUGUUUAAGACCGCUUAAGAUAGAGGUCUGUACACCAUGCUGGGAUGGCACUGAGGAGUUUCUCGUACAUGCUCUCUACAGAAGUGCUAUUAGGAGCAUGGUGGCACAAUUGGUUUCUCUGUUUGGGACUGCCUCUGGUGGUCUCAACUCCUUCAACAGUACUAUCACAGGACAUCAACAGCUUUUCCAGGGGCUUCCUGGGUCUGGAUAAAUGCAAUGCUUGUGUGGGUACUUCCAUAUGCAAGAAGCUUUAUAAAAAGCAAAUAAGAUUUGAAAGGUGGCUGCCACAUCAACUGCAUCUGCCCUCAGAUAACAGUACGUCUUAUGAGGCAAAUUACACAGAUGAUUUAGAAACCUGGAGGCCCGUGGUGCUGUCACGUCUGGUUUCCCCCGACCUGCACCAUCUGGCUGACAAAAGCAUUUGCAUCUCAGCAGGCAAAAGGAAAUCCUGCAGCAUUGAAGCAGUUCUGAGAGCAACAUCACGGUUCCAGAAUUUGGCCAAGUCCAAUAUCCUGUUACCCAGUGUGGUGCAGGGUCUGGUCACACCAAUGCUGCGUUGCCCAUCUCAGAGGCUUCUGGAUCGGAUUGUGCACCGCUACUUUGAAGUGGCUGAUGUGGGCAGUGUGCAGAUGAAGCACUUCACUAGUAAGGAUAAGCUCAGACUGCUCUACACACUGGCUGUCAAUCAACAGCCUCUUAUACUGCAGAUGUUUCCAGGCACUGAGGGCUGGCCCUUCCCGCGCUAUCAUGGUUCUUGUGGCAGGCUGAUGAUGUGGGCAGGCUGUAGACCCUUGAGGAGCUUGUACCAGGAACCACUGGCACACAGAUCUGAUGCUGCCUACCAGAUCCUCCACAUCACCCAAAGUUUAGCCUUCAAUAGCCUCCACUUCCGCCUUUUCUACACCAGUGUUUCAGAGGACAUAUUUGGUAUAGCAGAGGAUGGAAGAAUCUUCAUCAUGGAUGCCAGCACAAUUGGGAUCAUAGACCUGCAAGAGGGAUUCCGCAGUGAAGCAGACCCACAGCAGAACUACACAGACGUGUUCUCAUGUCUGAGUGGUUCCUGCACAAGAACUCCUCCCUGUGAGAGCAAUCGUCCCUCACAGAGCUUUACUUUAAUCUGUAGACAUGUCCUGCCCAAACUGCUCACUUCUACGGAUGUGCAAUUGUCUGGACUGCCCGGAAGAGUCUUCGCAGAGCUGAUCGUUUGUGCAGACCCAACACAAUCUGAUCACAGGAUACACAAAGCUGUUCAAAUACUUAAAGACACACUGCAGCCCUUCAGGCCAUGCAAUAGAGGUUACGAAUACAGGUAUCCUGAAUGCAGGUAUAGUGACAAGUUCUAGAGCUUCAACAUUUAUCAUCAGCAAUAACUCCAAAUUGUGUGAGAAUGAUAUGCACUACAUAUAGAUUUUCUGCUGCACCAUUUCUACAGUUCACAUAUCACACAAUAGCCACAUUUCCAUUUAAACUGU